ACGUGCAAUGUGCAUACACGUCAGUGACAUCUGACAUUGUGUGAUUCAAGUAUGGAUACCUAACCUAUAUAUAUAUAUAUACAAUAUAUAGCCCACGCCAUAAUACCAUAACGCUAGCGUUUCUAUGUAUAUAUUUAGAAUCAGGAUCCUUGUUACUUUGAGCAUCGUCGCUUAUAUAUACAAUAUUAUAAGUGUACCUAUAUGUGUUUGGAUUCAUGUACUUGCAAUGGCGGACACCUACAUCGCACGUGCAGUUUACACAAAAAACUUUUAAUUUUUCUUAUUUCCAAUGUUAAGCAAUUACAGUAAUAUCAGUGAAAUAUAGUGGUUUACUUACAUUUUUCUAAAACAAUAUGGUGGGCAAUGCAAUUGAUUGAUAAGUAGGUAUAAAUUUUAUUGUUGCGUAGGCUAGGAAUCAUGCCUAUGAAAAAUAUCCAGAUGAAAUCCAAUAAACCAAAGUAUAGAUUUUGAAACAUCUUUUAUUUAUGAACAGAGAAAUUCUUAAUCAUUGAUUAAGUGUAGAUAAAAAUCUGUACUCAGCUUAGUAUUCCACAGGUUUGAUAAACUUGGAAGCUGCAGAUAAUUUAAUUUGUAGACUAAAAUUUCAACCAUGGCAUCAGAUGAAUGGAGGACCCCAACUUUUCGUCAAAGUAUGAUACAUAAAAUAGAUGAACAAAUUCAACAAUUCCAAUUACCAAUGGCAAGGAAUGCUAGUGACCUGGAGAAUCACGUAUACAGCAAAGCAAAUACUAAGGAUGAGUAUCUCAAUUACACAGCUAAACUAUUGAUGUAUAUAAAAACGAAUGCAAAGAAACCAAUUGGAGGCAUGGUACCUGGAGCAAAUGCAGCCAACCCAGUACAAAAAGGUAUGCAAGAUCCAAUUGGAGCAUUACAAUCACUUGCAUCACAUCAAGGUACUAGUAAUAAUAAUAAUAUGGGAAUGCAAGCUCCAGGUCAAAAUCAGAAACCUAUGGGUCAACAAAUGGGGCAAGCUGGUAAAGUUGCUACUAAUUUACUUCAAAAUUUAAAUCAGCGCCCUGGACAGGCAAUAAACAUCCAGCAGGCUAUGCAUAAUAAAAUGUCUGGAAUGAGCAUGCUGCAAGGUCAGCAAAUGGGCAUGAAUCAAAUUAGCCAGAUGCAAAAUAUGCAAGGCAGUCCAAUGAUGAAUCAAUUGAAUCAAAUGAAUCAAGGAAAUAUGCCUCAACAAAUGGGAUCUCAACCUGGCCAGCAGCAGCAAAUGGGUGGAACCCACAUGGGAACUAAUCAGUUACAACAAGCUAUGCAGAAUCAGGUACAAAAUCAAAUGAUUAACCAUCAACUGGGAGGUCCAAUGAAUUCUGGAAUACAGUCCACAAUACAACCACAACAAUCGCCAUCACAGCAGCAGCAGCAGCAGCAGCAGCAGCAGCAGCAGCAGCAGCAACAGCAACAGCAACAGCAACAGCAGCAACAUAUGAACCAGAUGAAUGUCACACAAAUGAAUGUCAACCAAAUGUCUCAACAACAACUUGGUCAUAUGCAACGAAAGCCUGUUGAAAUGAUGAAUGCCGGAUAUCCAGGACCAAGAAAUAUAACGCCUAAUCAGUUUUUAAGACAGAGCCCUUCUCCUUCUGUGCCAAGCCCUAGUGGAUUAGGUGCACCAGGAAGUAACCAAAUGGUGCCAUCGCCCGCGUUAGUUCCAUCGCCGAAUCCUCAACAUGCUAUGAUUGGAGGACCAAGGUCUAUGACUAUGGCGCCAUCACCAAGUAGCUCUUUAAACACUCCUGCUGGAAUGAUUGGUGGUGCUGUUCCUAGCCCAUUGCAAGAUGAUCAGGCAUUCAAAGAGAAGAUUCAAAAACUUCGUAAAUAUAUAGAUCCUUUAAACAAAAUGAUAUUGAAAAUGACUAAUGAAGGCUACACUGAACGGAUGAGCAAGAUGAAGAAACUGUUGGAAAUUUUGCAAAAUCCCAGUCAAGUCACAAAAUUAGAGGUGUUACAAAAAUGCGAAAUUGCCUUGGAAAAAAUGGAUUUUAAUAAAAAGUUAGAAUCCAAUACAGGUCCCACAAUACCUCCCAGUCUAAAAGAACAUCAGUUUUUGACGCCGUUACUAGAAGUAGUAGGAACUCUACUUCAAACUCCAGUAGCUAAUCAUACCUUACACAGAACAUUUGGACCUUGUGUAGAAUCUUUGUUCGGACCAGAGAUCAAAAGCAUGCCUCCACCAUUAAAGAUAAGAAAGACUGAAGAAGCUCAUAGUGAAAUACCAGACGUUCUUCAAGGAGAAAUAGCGCGUCUGGAUCAAAGAUUUAAAGUGAGUCUUGACCCUGCACAACAAAAUGGUUCAAAAUGUAUCCAGCUGAUAUGCUGGUUAGAUGAUAAGCAUUUACCUUGCGUGCCUCCAGUGUUAGUUAUAGUGCCUAAAGACUAUCCAAAUGUACCUCCAAGAUGUGUCCUUACAAGUCAUGAAUAUGCAACUCCAUAUUUAAGUGCUGUACAAAAAGGUUUAGAUGCUCGACUUUCGAAAUUGCCCAAAAUGUAUUCUGUAUCGCAGUUGUUAGAUUCUUGGGAAAUGAGCGUGCGUCAGGCCUGUGCUCCCAAAGCUCAACAGAUUGAAAGAGGCGCAGCUGCAUCGAAAGCGACAACAGAUGAAUCUUUGAUUACCCAAAGCACUACUAUUUCUUCAAGUAAUUCCAAUUCUAAUGGAAUUUCUACAAGUUUAAUUAGCUCGGCUGCGUCAUAAAGAUAUUUUAGUAACAUUUAUUUAAAAUAUAAAAUCAUAUUUUUUAAGCUGGAAAGUUGCUCAUUAUUUACUCUGUGUGUAUAUAUAUAUAUAUAUAUUGUAUGUACGCAUAAAGGAUAGUGCUUCCAAUUUAA